CCCACUCCAAGAACAGCAUGGAUCAACCUGACCGGGACCGUGGGCAUAGGCCUCUUGCCUUUGACAAGAUGGAGGGGCUGGUGCGGGAGAUGCAGGAUCCGGAAACCGGGGUCCCGGUGCGGAGCCAGAAGCUGUUUCUCACUUCGAUCCCUUCCGCCUUCUCAGGCUAUGACCUUAUUGAGUGGUUGAUGGAGCGCCUCAACAUUGAAGAAUCAGUGGAGGCUGUACACAUAGGCAACCAGUUCUGCCAGUAUGGAUACUUCUUUCCUGUCAGUGAUUCAAAGAAUCUUGUUGUCAAAGACGACAGUUCUCUAUAUCGAUUCCAGACACCAUACUAUUGGCCGUGGCAGCAUCGUAGUCCUGACAACAUUGAGUAUGCCAUCUACCUGGUAAAGCGGACCCUUCGCAAUAAACAGCGCCAUGGUCUAGAGGAGUAUGAGAUUGAAGCACUCACUAGUUUGAAGAAGAAUUUGCAGAACAAGUGGGAUUUUAUAUCCAUGCAGGCAGAGGAACAGGUCCGCUUGGCAAAAGAGCGCAAGAAAGGUGACAAAAUUGUGAGUGACAGCCAGGAGCGAGCAUAUUGGCGAGUGUACCGUCCCCCACCAGGUUACCUAAGCCUCCUUGAGCCGGUCCCGGUCCCUGACAGAAGCAGGGGGGGAUGUCGUGCUAAGAAAAGAAUGCCUGAAGAUCUGAAACGUGAGGUGGACUUUUUGCGAAGCUGUCUUGUACGGACUCGUGUUAAGGUAUCACAAGCAUUAGACAACCUGAUUCAGCAUUGUGAAACAUACACAGAGUACGAUCCACUUAUCUCAGGAGCACAGCCAUCAAACCCUUGGAUCUCUGAAGACCCUACAUUUUGGGAGCUAAAUGGUCCAUUGAUUGAAAUACCGACAGAAAAGAGGGUGAAACGAUGGGCUAUAACAAUGGAGGAACUGGUGUCAGAUCCAACAGGACUGAAAGAAUUUACCAACUAUUUGCGCAAGGAGUAUAGCCAUGAGAAUAUAAGGUUCUGGAUGGCUGUGAAUGACUUGAGAAGAAGUGCACAGUCUCAGAUUCAACGCAAAGUGAGAGAAAUUUUUGAUGAAUUCCUGGCCCCAGGUGCUCCAUGUGAAAUAAAUAUUGAUGGGAAAACAAUGGAGCGAGUACAUCAGGAACUGCGCAGUCCAACACGUUUCACAUUUGAUUCAGCAGCAGAACAUGUGUAUACUCUCUUGCUGAAGAAGGACUGCUAUCCACGGUUUAUUCGGUCUGAGCACUAUAAAAACCUUUUAGCUACGGGAAUACAGCCUUCACAGAAGAAAAGGUUUUUUGGGUUUGGUGGUCCUAUGAAGAAGAAGCCAUCAACAAGCAAUGCUCCAAAUACAUAUGCACAACUGCAGCAACAGGGUGUUACUUCAUUCCAGCAGCAGGGAUUUGGUUCACUAGGGCAGCGCAGGGGAAGUGAUAGGAGUCUGUCAGGUUCAGUGCACGAGUUGGCCGUGUCAGGUGUGAAGGACUUGUCCAGCAGAGUGACUCACUCCCAUAGUCAGUCAAACCUCAGUGAUAUCCCCUACAGGGGUGAUCUGCCUUGUCAGUCGAAGGCUUCCUCAACACUUUGGUCUAGUCUAGACCCUUCUGGGGCAGCACCGAUAGAAGAGGUGACGAAAGUACCAGAUAAAUGCAUUGGAGGUGGUGGAGAGAGUCUGAAGGAUGACAUUUGUCCAUGGGACUCAGCCAUAGAUCUACCAGUAAUUUCACCUGAGAUCAUGUUACAUCCUCAGGGUGAUAAAAAACAAAGAGGUAGUAUGUCUGCCGCAGCAGGUUCCUCCUUGAUGUGUGAAGACAUAUAUCCCUGGGACACAGCAUCAAACCAACCCUUGCCCUUGCCAGAACUGAAAUCUUCCCGCAAGAAUUCCAUGCAGGUAGAUUCUGGCAGCUCAUCUUCAGAUAUUAGUGUUCCUAUGGUUGAGGUAUCUGAUAGGCUGAAGAAGUCCUGUGGCCUGCAACAGCCAAGUCUGGUUGGUGCUUCAACAGUGGAAUCAGAUAAAAAUUCUCGUGUGUCAUGUGAGGAACGUGUUAUUGCAAGGAUCCAGACAGUUAGAAAGUACUCUACAGCUUCCAUCAUUGGCCUAGGCUCAUCAGAAUCGCGCAGGUCAUCUGUAACAACGAAGCCUUCUGGAAGUACUAGGCCUUCAGUGUCUUCCUCAGAGGACUUUGCUCUAGGAACAGCCGUGCAACGCUCGUUUGAUUCAUCGGCUGCAAUGAUUGUGUGUACAGAGAAGCAGGACAGGACUAAUAAGAGUAGUGAUGAUCCAUGUUUGAGGACUUACAAAAAAACUCGCAAAAGAUCGUCUGUGUCUGUAGCCCCCCUCAUAAGUGUAAGUUCAGUUGUAGAUGACACUGCUGAAGAAACAUGUACUAAUCAGACACUGCAGGAUGCAGUUUCUGUGACUGAAGCUAAAGAAGAUCCUGUUAGUUGCACAAGUGAUGGUGGUGAUAGAGCAUUACAUACUCAGGGUGUUGUGGCCACAUGGGCAGAACAUACUGAUUCCCAAAGCAGGAAAGUCAACGAAAUAUGCCCAUGGGAGGAUGAGGAGAGCUGUAAAGUGGAUACACCAUUUGUCAAGACAUAUGCUACACUGGGAUACCUCUGAAGGGUAUAAGUAAUGAAAAUACCAGUUAUUGAACAUAUGUUAAUGUUCUUCAGUAUUUAUUUAAGUAUGGGGUAGCUGAAUAAUUUUGUUAGUGAUUUAUUUUGUAGUAAUUACUUGUAUGCAAUUUUGCAAUACAUUUUCAUGAAUGAUGUGUAUACUCUGCUGUGGGAAGAGAAUGUUACUAUACAAAAAUAUAACAUAGUCAGAAUGCACUAAUUAAACAUUAUAACUGGGAUUUAACCCUUUAAUCACCAUAUUUGUUAAUUAGUAAUAGGUAUUUUCAGAUAUUAAUAACAUCUCAUGAGCUACAUAACCUUGUUUUAUAGAAUUCCCUAAAUCUUUACCAAGAAUAAAUAUAUAUCAACUUCUCAUUUUACAAUAGUCAUUCUUUAAGCCAAAACAAAUUUUCUCUUUAAUUUUACAGCAUCACUGCAGUGGCCUGAGAUUGUUUGUUUUGAUGCAUGUUUGGUUGAACUUACAGAAGCCUAAAUGUUAUCAGUAAUGAUGAUAGGUGUCAAAAUGGCCUCUUCUACAAAUGCUGUUACCAUUGGACAGCUUUCAGAAACACUUUUAUUAUGGAUGACAAAUAUAAUGUAAUAAAGGAACAAAAAAAACUAAAGUUUUAAGAUUAAAGAACUUCUCUUUGAUAUAACUUGGUGAUAAUUCGGUUCUGGGAUUUGGGUUGGUAUGUUCUUGUUGCAGCAAAUGUUUGUUACACAUGUGAGGAAAUGCAUUAUUAAUUCUUUAUCUGCUUAAUACAAAAAUUUAACUGAACAUUCAUAAAUUGAGGAGUUGGUGUACUAUAUUUCAAUUUCUGUUCUUUCAGUCUGCCACAAGAAUUCAGACAUUUAUAUGUAUGAAUGUACUUCGGUUAACAUGAAGAACAAACCGAAAAUUAACAUAUUUAGCAUAGAAAUUCUGUGUUACAAGUAAACUUGGUGUUAGCAGUAAAAUUAUUUAAAUAGAUUGGAAUGGCAAUAUUGUCUGAAUCAAGUAAACUAAAACAAAUUAAUUGUGACUUGCUUUAAUGAAAAUAAGGGCUACAGUUAAAAUGUGGUUUGUAAAGUACAAGUUAAAGCUUUUAUGCUGACUUUUACAUAAGUAGAACGUUGUUGCAGCACUAUAAGGUUCAGACUGAAGGCAAUGGAUGUGUUCAAUGACAAAAUCCAUUAGGAUAAACAAUAAUAAGCUUAGUUUCACAUACUUGCAGAACACAAGGCAGAUAUAUUGAUUAUUAACUGUUGUACUUGUAGAUACUUUCAGGAUACUUAAAUUGUGUAAGACUUUUCAUGUGUUUCAGAAGAUUAAAUACAGUUUAAAAAUAUUAAGUGUAAGCCAUAUAGAUAGAAUUUUAGAGUACAGAAAUAAAAUGCUGUAAACAUGUUGAAAGGAUGGAAGAAAGUUAUAUCCUGAAUUGACUUUGGAAUUAUGAUUCACAAGUGAAAAGGAGCAUUGGAAAACCAUUAAAAACUGGAUUGACUGGUUUGAGAUGGAUCAGGCCACUACCAGAGUCCUUAAAUCCAGUGGUGUUGGUGAUGAUGCUGAUGGCUCUGAAAACUGACCCCCUUGCUUCUUGGGCUGCAAGUUAUAGGUAUAGUAUAUUAUUUAAAAGGACUGUACAAUAAUUUGUGUGGAUGGGUGAGAACUCUGUUCAAAAAAUGUUCUGUUCAAAUAAGGCGCAACUGAUAAAGAGAGAGAUGUAAAUGUUCAGUAUUUUCAUCAGACUAAGAAUAUGUGACACAGAUUUUUGAUAAUGUGGGAUGCAAAAUAUAUGUGGAAAUGAAGAGAUUGGCGCAAGAUAGGUGAAAAUGGAGGACCACAUCAAACCAGUCGAAAGACUGAUGACAAACUAACAAACACAAGAGAAAAAAAAUGCAAUUGAGGCUAGAAGUACUACCACUACAUCUAUAACAGUAAUCUUAGUAAUUUGUUCCAAAACUUAUGGUAUUUUGUUCAUAUACUGAAGCUUUACAGGUAUAUGCAAUUACUUGUUUCUCUUUAUACGGAAUUUAAGUUACAGAUAUACAUAAAAAAUUAAUGAAUGCAAUACACUCCAUUUCUUGACAUUGUUUGAAUUGUCAGCAAACCUUGCAAUACCCAGAGCUCAAAAAGUGACAUAAUAUUUAUUGAAUAUGAAAAUAUUAAAAUCAAAUCUAGAUUUUGAUGACAAGAGGCUGUAAUUUUUUCUGUAACUCCAGUUUGUGUUUGGAAAUAAUUUGUUUGCUACUAGUGAUUGUUAAUGGAAACAUUAUGCAAGCAAUAAGAAUCAAUCAAAUUGAUACUGUUAGUUAUGUUUCUAAUUAUAUAUAUAAUUUUGUUAUGUGAAUACCUGAUGUUUCAGUACUUGGGCUGAUCAUUCACAGGUGAUCACUGACUGGAUACAGCAGAGGCCCUAGUAUUACCAGAGCAUGAGAGCUGACAAAUCUGAGCCCUUGCCAUUGCCUCAUCCUGGUUGGGAAUAGGUUGCCUAUUCUGACUCUGUUAACAAACAGUGCAGUUCUUGUCUUUGGAGCUAUUAAUUUGAAGACAGAUUUUACUUGGAUCAAUUGAAGAGUCAUGUUAUUAUAUGCUACAUUUUAUCAUGAUAUGAUUGUCAGUAGGAAAGAGAAACUCAAAUAAUUCAAUUCUUAGUUUUUUUUACUAAAAUUUGCCAUUCUUGUGUAUUUAAUAUCUGAUACCCUGUCAUAAAUCAAGCAUAUUUGGAGCUGUCAAUAGAUGGCAAGAAUAUUUUUUAUUUAUGCUGUUAACACUUCAGAUAUUUAGACAUAUGACAUGGAUAUUUUUAAGAGACUUGUCUCAUUUAUAGCAACAUGACAAUUAAAAUAUCUUAGAUGUGAAUAAAUAGAUUAAAACAGUAUGUUUCAAACUUUCUUUGCCAGCAGAAAAUUUUCAGCCAUGACAAAUAAUUAUGGAACCCCAUACCAGAAAGUUGCACUUAUAAAAUGAAAGUAUAACAGUGAUUUUGUGUUUUACAAGUAAACACAGUACAAUUUUAAUGUCCCACUUGUAGCCAUUGCCCCACUAUAAAAUUAUUCCAUAGCUCAUGUUGCUAUGUAUUGUUGAAAUAAUGUUGAAUUGACACUUAAAUUUGUAUCUUCAUACAAAAUAAUAAGCGAUGCUGGGCUGUAAUAUUUUCCCACUCAUGUAAUCAUGGCAAUACAUUGAAAACUACAUACAGGUUAGAUAAUAGACUUGAAGUUUUUACCAGACUGAGGCAUUUGGUCUAGCAGACACUGAUUUUGUGAAGCUGGUCUUUGUUAAAUUAUAAAUAAGUCCAAGCAUAUAGGCAUACCACAUGCUUGGAAGUAUCAUGCACAAUAAUAGCAAUAAGGUGUGUUUUUUUUUGGAUAAUAUUGCAUUUAGGUUUAUAAUUUUGAUAGAAAUUAUUAUUUGCUAUUAUAGAAAUUUAUUUGCAGAAUUCCUGGUAAACUGCCAAGACCCUUACAGUUCUGACAAGUAUACAGUUUAGAAAUCACUAUAGUAGAAUAUUAAUGACAAUUCUAAUUAGUAACCUUUUACACUAGCAUAUCUUUGACCAAAGAUUAACAUCAUAAGCUGUGGCUUGUUAAAGUAGAGCUAGCUUGGAUCUUAUAUGUAGCAGUAGAGAAAUAUAUGAACCAUACUGCUUGAGUUUUGCCACAUAGUGCUCACUGUAUCAGAUGAAGUAAGUUUAAUAAUUCACAGUACUAAUUUUAUUACCUCUAAGUAUGUUGGAAAACUGCCUAUGUCUUACAACCUCUUGAAAUUUAUUUCUUCUUGUUUUGAUUUAGAAUGGGGUUCCAUCAAUAUUUCUAUGGCCUUGGUAAAAUAUAUUUUAGGAAAUAUUGGCUUAAUGAAAAUAUAUUGAUAUAUGCUGAUAACAGAAGUGGCAAUGAAGUAAAUUAUUUUAGUUUAGUUGAGGGACCUGUAUUGUUUCUUAAAGUGAUAAUCAGUUUCAAAUUGAUGAAACUGGAACAGGCCACAAGGUCUAAUCCGCAAAAGACAAAUAAGAACAAUUUAUGGCUUUGGACUGUCAAAUGAGUUAUUAAUUAGCUCCAUGAAGGCAAUUAAUUCUCUUAUGAAAAGCCAGCAGUUUCUUCUGCAGUAAAUAGGACAUACUAAUAAUAAUAAUAAUAACAAUAAUAAAUAAUAAUAAGUGUUAUAAUUAUAUAAAUGCUAAUAUUCACAUAAUUAUUAUGUGUGUAUAUGUGUGUGUGUCUAUAUAAAAUCAUGCAUACUCAAUUAGAUGUAUUAAAUGUGGAUUUAUCUUUGUCAGGAUGGGUUAUUAAUAUUAUUAAGCUUAGUGUUUGUAGCUACUCUACAUAGCUGCUGGCUUUGUCAACUAAUUCUGAACUGUUUGUUGCUGCAGAAUAGUUCAGCCAGUGAAACUAAUCUGUGAUGACCUUCAGCAAAGUUCUGUAUUAUCUGACUUGUCACAUACAAAAGUUUAAAUUAAAGUUUGAAUCCUUAUUUAGUGCUUAAGCAAUUUCUCAGGUAAUAGUGUUCAUCAUAAAGCCAGAUGAUUAUAAUGCUUUUAUGAACUUCCAUAUUUGUAUUGUUUAAGAUCUGAAGUUCUUACAGUGAUUAAAUGCAAUAAAGCCUUCUUGGGUGCUUGAGCAAUUAUUAGCAUCAACAGCCCUAGAGUCUUUCAUCUACAGGGGAGAAGUUUGAUGUUUCAGUUGGAGACUAUCUCCUCCUCCAUUACCAGGGAUUAUUAUGAAGAUAGCUGUCUUCUGGGUUGUAGCACUGUGUAGUCUGGUAGCCUAAUGAGCUAUAAAAGUCAAAAUUAUUUUAAUAUAAAUGGGUAAUUCAUUCUGAAUUAGUGAUGGAACCCAGUCAGUAACAUCCUUUAAAAAUUCAUAUAUUCUGAUUCUUGUUUUAUUCCAAUUAAGACUAUUUAUCUAGGACACCUGCAAGAUGUGUAACCAUUUGAUUAAACUUAUUGUAACAUCCAACCAAGCAGCAUUCAGCUGUGAGGUGGGUGAUGGAUUGAUUCUGUCCACUGCCCUUGGAAUGAUUAGUUCAUGGCGAAUGGGUGUUGGAUCUGUUGGACCUUCCAGUAUACUUCAUAUUAUUUGUGUCAAUUCUUCACAUCAGUCUUUGAUAUAAAAACAUGAAUGGGCUCUAAAAUAUCAGAAUGUAUUCUGUAUUGAUAAGUUGAUCGCCUAAGAAGACUUCUGUUUAAGUUGUAUAUGAGCAUAUAGAGAAACUGCUGUGGCGUGUAUCAGGAAGAAUAAAAACCCUUAUAGCCAUUCUCUGCUUACAUAAUUUUUACAUAUUAAUUGCGGAUUUGUUGAAUUGUGCUUUCUGCUGUAGUAUCGUAUGAACUGUGGAAACUAAUUAGUGUUCAGUAUGUCGGAGAAUCGUCAUUUACAGUGAACUGUGAAAGUGUAGGGGAGGAAGCCAGUCAUGGCCUGUUUCAAGGCAUCAUUUAGCAUUCAUCUGCAGAAAUUGGCUGAGAUCAUAUGAAGCUUCAGUCCAAAUAUUGCUGCUUGGGUCAAGGUUUCAAUUGUGCACCCCACAAAUAAUUGUCAUACUUAUUAUUAGAUUAAAUUGCUUAGUCUGAACCAUACAGUGUUCACUUCCAUUGGUAUAUUGCUACUCUAAAUAAUGUAGUCAAUGACAACAUUUUUAUUCAUAUUGUGUCAACUAAGGAAAUAUUUAGUGAAUGCAUGAUUUAAGAUGCAUUUUGUGUGAAAGUGUCUGAAGAUUAAAUAUCACUAUUAUGAAAAUAUAUUUCAUAAUUAUUUGAUACUUGAAGCAAUAUAAAAAUUAAUAAAGAGGUUAUUCAUUACAUUAUUUUAAAAAACUAAAUGUGAAGCAAAUGUCACAUUUUGUGACAUAUUAUGUAUUUCUAUAAAAUGUUUAAUUAGUGCCUUUCUGUUCUGUGUCAUGAAUAAAAAUGUAUACUUGUAGCAAGAUAUCUCUGAGCUUUAUUGACUUGGUGGUUAACCUGCUGAGAUAUGGGGUGGGAGGGGCAGAAGUCAAGCAAUAGCACAUGUAGCUGAUGCUCGCCAUUGUCCUUUCCACCUUCCCAUGAUAUAGCUAAGGCUCAGAAAUAUUUUGCAUCAGAUAUACCCAUGUAAACAUGUAACAAAUGUAUACAUAUUUAUUUAUAAUAAAGGACAUGCUUGAGUUCAUAUGACAAUAUGGAGACUAAUGAUUGAGCAAAAAUUGAAGUCAAAUUAUUGUGGUAUCACAUUGUUAGCAGAGUGAAUGAGUAAAGUCUAUUGAAAAUUCGCUCAAAUACAUGUAAGGUUACAUCAUUUGAGCAAUAUUGCACUGUGAAGUAAAUGAUGUAUUCAAAGCAUCUUGUAAAAGUACAUAAAACCAAAAGAUGAAACUUUGUUUUAAAAGUAGUUUACUCAACAUUACUCUACUAUAUUGUUAGAUAGUAACAUAAUAAAAUGGAAUUAUUCCAUAUUGUGUAUGGACGAGUUUGUACAUUGUUCAUUAUGACAUUAGCGUAUAAUUUUAUGAUGGAGUUAUAGUUUAUACUCACUGCAUGGUGUUGAAGCUCAUUUUGUGAAGUAUUUAUAUGUAAAAUUAUAAGCAUGGUGAUAUUUUAAGUCAUUUAUGAGAGAGAUCAGUUUUUACAGUCAAAAAUGAGAACAGGAGGAAUUUCUGACUUAAAAAAUCAUUGAAGUUAGACUCUAGUUUGCCAGUUUUAUAAUGAAUGGCAGAGUCAGUAAUUCUUGAUUAUAAAAAUUUAAGAAUGUGUUAAAUUGUUAUUUAGAAAAUUUUCAUUAUUGGAUUUAGAAAAUAGUUUGAAUUGUUCUAACAAAGUGAGAUAAAACCUUGUUGCAAUGUUAAAUAUAGUACCAAAAUAUUUCUAUUUAUGUUUCAGAACUUUGUUGAUGCUCAUGCAAAUAGAAGUGUAAUGGACACCCUUAUAAUGGGGAUAACAAAAGAAAAUAUUUAUUGUAAUCCAAAUUAAAAUUUGUGCUACAUAGACAUUUUUCUCAGUGGACCAAGAUGAUAUGUUCUGAGUGUGGUUUCUAUUUGUAUCUAGUCAGAAAAAUCACUAUAUUUUGAAUGUUGUGAUUAUGUUUAAUAUGACAUGGUACAUAACAGUACAAUGGUUUAAACAUUAUUUAUACAAACAUUAAUUUAAAUCUUGCAUUAUUACAUAUAAUGUUUCUAUUUGAUUAUUAUUUUCUGCUAUUAUGUUAUAUUUCUUCCUCUGUGCCACAUCUUACUAUAUAGAUUGUAACAUUCUGACAUUUCAAUUGAGAAGUAUAGAAAUCCACAACAUUAACAUUGUUGUGUGAAUAAAGGAAAAAAAGCAGAUAUGUGAAGCUGACCUCUCACCUCUGUUUAAUAUGAGGAUAAGAAUGUGUGGAGCUAUACUUCCUCUUUAUCAUACGUCUUUGUGGUUUAGUGUUUAAGCACAGGGACAACGUUUAGUUACUCUGACUAUACCACAUUCGAGACCAGACAUUUGAAAUUUGAGUUGCAAGUCAGUGUUGGUACAUCAUUUGAAUUAUGAUGUGCUACUUUUCUCAGUGUUAAAUUAUUAAUUCAUAGUUUUUAAGUAACAAUACCAUUGGUAUUUUACUGCCUAAUGAGCAUUAACUUAUAUGUUAUGUAUAAGUACUUUUAACAUUUGCCACUGCUGAUGAUGAUAUGUGAGGGAAUACAAUCCAUGUAACAGCAGAAAUGACAGCACACUGUCAUGUUGUAAGCUAUCGGGUUGUCACAGUAACAAGUAUGAAGAUGGCUGUGUUCUGGGAUGUUGUGUCAUGUAAUCUGAACAAUAUUGACCAAAAUUUUAGAAUUUCUUAUUGCCUCUGUCUUCAGGGAAAUUACUCUGUGCACCUCUGAAACGCUAGUCAUCAUCUACCAGGAUAAAUGAUGCAACAUCCCAGAAGACAGCCAUCUUCAGCAUGCUGUCAUAUUUAUAUGUAUUUCCAGCCAUCCUUUUCCAUUGAUUUGUAAUGAAAUUGUUGCUUGGAUUGUACUGGUAUUAGCAUUUAUGAAAUGUCACAUUUAAUCUAUCAUUGUGUACAAUAGGCCUACUAUGAAUUAUAAUUGUAAACUGUUUAUCCACAACUUCUAAAGUAUUAAGCUAUCUUUAUCUCUCUUUUAUCACACUGUUCUUGAUGUUCUUCAUGCCUAGGAUUUACAUACAUAAUUAUCAAAGAAAUUUGAUAAAAUGCAGUAUUUAUAUAUAGGCCUAAUGGUACAGCUCAGAUGUCUGCAGUGCUUUCAAACUUAACCUAAACUUUCAUUCACUUUUCCUGUAUAUUUGUGAAUGCAGACCAUUUAGAAUAAAAUCUCAGUUGAACCAAAAUAUUAUUUUGUUAAACUGACGAUAAUAUUUUAAGAUUGUAUAGGUUUCUUUUUAUUUAGUGGUAUAUUUAGUGUGUAGAAUGUUGAAAGUACAAAUUUAUUUGUCUUGAAAAAGGGUGAUGAAAGACCGACACAAGUUUGGUUCAAAUUGUUCCAAUAAUGGAUUUAUUUUUGUUGAGUGAUAAUGCAGGUUCAAAAUUGCACAACACUGUCCUCAGAGUAUUGUACUUGGCAAUCACACAAUUUGCUAAAUGCUCUGCAGUUCUUGGAAGUACCACUGGAAAAUAUUUUACAAGAUUCUCUUCAGAGCAUCUGUCAUUGCAUUAUUCAUCUUGUCUGUCUUACCAAAAUAUGAUCCCUGCAGCUGAGAUUUACUGACCCUGGAGAGGUGGAAGGUGAGAAGGCUGACAACAGUGGAGGCUGAGGAAGCGCCGUCACCUUGGUUUCUACCAGAUGGCUCCGUUGUGAACGUCUUGACUACUGUCAAGGAAGCUACCAGACCAAUGUAAGAAUUUAGCUUAUUGCACUUCAGCGCCACUUAGUUGGCAAACUUUUGAAGCAUCCUUAUAAAACCAUCACUACUUUCUGAUUUAUAUGCCCAUGACUGCUAUGUCAAAUCCAUUAUCAGAACUCUGAACAAACUUUGUAUGUUGCCAUUUGAUAAAUAGGACAUUGUCCACAUUUUAGAUCAAUGGGAAAUCCAUUAUUGACCCAGAAUCAUUCAGUAGAGAUUAAUCAAAUAAAUAUUAAAGCCUAAUAACUCUUAUAAUUUUGUUAUGUUUAAUACUCACUUACUUUUUGUAAUGUCAUUCAUCAUAAUCAUAAUCAUUCUUAUAGUAAUGAUGUUGAUGAUAGAAAUUGGUGGAUAUGAUGUAAAAUAUUAAAGUGAAAUUAAAGAGAGCAUAAAAUGUUGGAAUCAGAAUUUUAUGAAAACAGA